AUGUCUCCAACCGACCUGUCGCCUGAGUACGAUGGCGCUGACUAUUUUAAUAGACCUUUUGAUAGUCAGUUAGACGCCAAGGAGCAAGAUGAGACUCCCAACCCUUUCAUCGAUGCGUGGAGAUUGACACCAUCACGGAUGGAUCCCAACUCUUACAUGUUCGCGAAUCAGCCUUCCAGCUACUGUAUGUCCACCCCAGGCGGGUUUGGGGCUCUCUACCCCUUCCAGGCAGGCGACCUUCACAUACCUGGGAUGGGUAUGAAUACGCCGCUGUCCCUACAUCUCGCCCACAAAUUACACGCUCACGACUCAAUUAUGCAAUUCCAACGGUUUGAUCCUCACUUCCUACAUCAGCCGCACACAUUCCAGGAUGCAUUCUACCACCAGCAACCUCAACAACUUAUUCUCCAACUGCAGCCGGAGGCCUUUGCACCUCAACCUGGGUACGCGGCGAUGGACGAGUCUCCCAACAAAACCGCCUCAACACAGGCCGAAUUAGGCAUCGUACCAUCAACAACAAUUCAACCUCCACAACCGUCUAUGUCAGGGAAUAUCGGCUUGCAGACAUUGCCCAUGGCGGGGAAGUCAGUCUCUUCGUUACGAGGAGAUACCUGCGCUGACAAGACGAGCAGACUUCGAUUUCAUACGACGCUGAACGCUCCGACUGCCAUGGUUCGACACUCCGACGAGAUUCCCAUCACUUAUCUAAACAAAGGUCAAGCAUAUACAAUGUCAAUAUUCGAUACGACACCACCACUUCUACAGCCAAAUGUCGCUCUAAAAUAUCGUACUUAUGUUCGAGUCUCUUUCGAAGACGAACAGCAAAGAGCCCAACCCGGAGCUUAUUGGAAACUUUGGAAGGAAGGUCGUGCUUUGAAUGAAGCCCAUCAACGGGGUGGCAAAUUACUAGCGGUGGAAUAUAUCGAUCCAAACCGGCUGGAGGUUGAAGAAUCGCGCCAAUCUCGAAUUCAGCUCGAAAAGGCAUCGUUUGAUGGAUUUUGUGUGACUUGGUUUCCCGUUGGGGACCCGAACUGCUCGAUAUCUAUCCGAUUCAACUUUCUGUCUACGGACUUUAGUCACUCCAAAGGCGUCAAAGGUACUCUACUCCUACUUUGUGCAAAGACCGAACUUCUCACCACCCAGACGACUGCAUCUAAUGAACCCGAGGUCUGUUUCUCGAAAGUUAAACUAUUCCACGACUAUGGCGCCGAGAGAAAGCUUUCCAGCGAUAUCGCACACAUCAAGAAGACAAUAGGCAAGCUUAAACAACAAAUUGCCCAAGCUGACGCUGGGCUUGGAAAUGCUGGAAAGAGGACGAGAAGCGGAUCAAUGGCGGAAAAAUCCAAUUCUCGAACCGGUAAAGUCUUGAAACACAAACGAAUCUGCUCGUUAGACACGGAAGCAGAUGGUCCAAAGUUCUCAGUAGAGGAUGAUCUUCAGAUGGAGCUGUUGAGAAUGCAAGGCAUGCUCUCUUCCACACAACCUGUGAGCGUCCUUUCCUUGCGCGGUGAACCUGAGGAUGAUCCAGAUCGUCAUCUGGUCAAACUUCCUGUUGAUGACUCUGAGAUGAUAGAGGCUGUUCGUACGACCACAUGGGUGUCGAGACAGAGUGCUUCCGACUCGCCAAUAUCCAACACAGCUCCUCCAUCUACUACCUCUACAUCACGGGCAACUCGAAAACAAAAACACUCAGAGAUGCGACAAUCAGCCAUACAAGAGGAACCGGACAAUUAUCACAUCAAUGAGGGUAGUGUAAGAACAUCGGUAUCAGCAUCUCGUCCAGUCAAGAUCUCUAAGACAGACGUUGAAUCUACAUCUAAUCACUUUGCGUUCGACGUGGACAGCGGCUACCAGCUUCCAACAGUGAGGCCAGUACGACCAGUUGCAUGCCUUUAUGUACGACAAAAGGACGCUGUUAACGAAUACUACCGUGCCGUAUAUGUCAUGCAACGGACGGUCAAAGAUCUGAUCAACAACAUAUCACGAAAAUUUGAUAUUGACCCUCAUCGAGUUACUCAGGUGACGUACGUCAAUUCCCAAGGCGUACAUAUCAUGGUCAAUGAAGACAUGGUUCGAGAACUUCCAGAAGGGCAAGAUAUGAUUGUCGAAUUUGUGCCAGUACAGACCGACCAACCAGUCAACCAAGAAUUUAUCGCGCUAGCUGUAACCGAGGCGAUGGUCGAUGGAGAGAUCAUCCCCGCGGAAGAUGCUGGAGAUCGUAUCCAUUGUCCCGGUAAUGAUCACAAUCAGCUUGCGGGUAGCGAUGAUUGCCCAAUAGAUCUUUCUUCAGGAGAUGCGGUCGCCGCCAGUGGCUGUGGCCUGGCGAGAUUGAUUAUCAUUCCAGCCAAUUUUGAACAGAUCCUGGAGGACGAAGACACGCGGAAGAGGCGAUAUGUGUUGAUGUAA